GCAAAGUAUCCAAGUUUCACACGCCUGCGCAGACCAUUGUCGCUUACACAAACAAACAAAUGUGUCUAUCUCGUCUCUAAUACUGUUACACGCUCCUCUGGCACCGCAACUCAGCCUAUGCGAUAAAGUCUGUCAGUGUCUCACAAAGAACCCUGUCCAAGCGGUAUAUGCUAGGCUCAGCCUCCCGUUAGGCGUUCUAUAUAUAAGUCAGCUUGAGAGACUUCAGCUCACCAUCCCUACCAUCUUCGCGGUGCGCGGGCUCGUCAGCACAAAAGAAGCAACAUUGUCUCCUUCCCAUCCUUUUUUGUUCGCUCCGGUUUUGUUUGUGAUCUGUACAACACGACACGAUGGAUACUUCAACCGUCAGCACCGAAGCUAGGGCGGCAGCAAAUGUCGAGACUGCAACGCCAUCGUCAGCAACCACAGACGCGGAAGCUGACAUCACACCCACCCCGACGAGCACGGUGUCGGAUACAUCGAAGCUGGCGGAGCAGGACACAUUCUACGCUGGCGCGCUGAAGAGAACAGGGACGUUGUAUGAAGGCGCGAAGGAGGGAGUGUUGAAGAGAAGUGGCACCAUGGCUGAGGCUUUCAAUGGCGGCUUGAAACGCACAGGUACUCUGAUAGGUGGUGCAAGAGAUGGCUUUGUUCAGCGGACGGCAACAAUUAGGGAGACGGCCGGUCAAGGACUGCAACGUGCGGGCUCGGUCUUGCAGCCCUACAAGGAGGGUGUAAUGAAGCGCACUGGCACAUUCACCGAGAAUGCUAGCGUGGGUCUGCAGAGAACAGGUUCGAUUCUGGCAAAUGCCAGUGCUGGCGCUGUGCAGAGAGCCAAUUCUUUUGGUCAGUGGGCUCAGGAAUACGCCAAGGGCAUUUACAAUCCAGAUCGGCCCUUAAAAGCCACAUUCCAGGAAAUCACUGGCGUGUCGCUUCCACGUUCGGGACACUCGCUCUCCGUGAUCAACGGACGAGCAUACAUCUUUGGUGGUGAAGACGAAACUGGCGCAAUGGCAGACAACCACAUGCACGUUGUAAUUCUGCCUUCGGGGGGCGUUCUGGAAGCGGACUACAAGUCUAUCGCGCCUCGGCCACAGCAGGCGGAUGGCGAGAUUCCAGCUGCAAGAAAGGGUCACACUGCUGUCACAGUCGAAGACGAGAUCUACAUUUUCGGCGGACAGCUCUCUGAGAAGGCCAAGCAAGAAACGCCAGGUCGUGUUUGGGCAUUCGACACCAUCAGCUCGCGAUGGACAUUCCACGAUCCACGACCGGACGCGCCUUUCCCACCUCCACGCGUUCUCCACUCGGCCGUCGCGGCAGAUCUCCCCGGACGUGUCCAUCCCUCGAUCAAUGCCAUGGACUUGCAGAGACGGACGUACCUCAACCCGUCUAUGCAAGCUGCCGCACCAGAACCAUCCCCUUCGGACUCUUGGGGCACCAUGUUUGUCUAUGGCGGUGCAAACUGCGCUGACGAGACAGUCCUCAACGAUGCAUGGGCCUACGACAUCUGCACUCGUUCAUGGUUUCCUCUUCCUCCACCCCCAGGGCCUGCGAGGCUAGGCGCCAGUUUGGUGCUAGUGGAAAAUCAGCAUCUGUACCGUGUCGGAGGCCAGACUGAUCCCGAGCACGUCCUUGAAGUUGACUAUCUUGACGUGAACGAACUUCUCAAGACACCUUUUCGCCAGCGGCUUUCUUUGCCGUCGCUGCUCAGCGAAUGGACAACCGCCUCCAUCUCCGCACCAUUGCUAAGCCCUUCGAUUCGCCUCACGAAUCCGGGUGAUGGACGAAGCAUGCUGCUUUCCAUCCAAUCUGAGGCCAAGACCGUCACAGCUGUUGAUAUAAGCCCCAGCGGUGGCAUGAUGCUCCUCGCCGGCACAAACGAGAUCGAAGAAGGCGACGAGAUGAAGGCAUCCAAACAAGUGCAGGCUGUUCAGGUCCAGUAUGCGGAUCUAUAUGGUGAGGUCAUGAGGGGCUCGAUUGUAGGUAUGCACACGUUCAGCCAAGCGAGUGGCUGGGCGAGCGAGCGGGGCACGGAGGUUGAAGAGGCUAGCCUGAUUGUUUGGGGCGGACAGGAUGGAGAGCGGAAUACUCUUGGGAGUGGGUGGAUGAUCAAGGUAGAGCAGUGACAAGGAAACGACGGAAAAUAUAUUUCAAAUGUGGGACAAAAUAUACACUGUAUGUUACUGAUACGAAUACGCGCAGCGCGCUUUUUGGGCGCUUGAAGUUCAAUGAAUGCAGCCUAACACCGAAACGCUCAAGAAAGAC